CAUGCGUUCCGCAUCUGACGAAGCGCACAUGUACUUUAUUAUACACCUUCUAAGUUCCAAGCUAGGCUGCGUAUUCACUCUCUAUAUCCAUCCACACGGAAUAAGUAUACACAAAACGCGGAGUUUUUAUUUUUGUGUUUUAAUUUUAGACGCGCGGAUUCUUAAUAUAGUGCAAGGUGCCGUUGCUGGAGGUAGAACGGAGACGAAAGCAUACCCAGCUUUUUAGAUACCAUCGUUUUAGUUUCGAUUAGAGCACCUCCUGUGGAUGUGUGUGUGUGGAAAAUCAAACGCGCGUCCGACGCGGAUUUUUUUUGUUGCUUUCCAACCGCGUCCAGUUCAGUCGUGUGCGAUAGCUCCGAGUGUUUCGAUCGAACAAUUUAUUUUUAUUUUUUUUUUACUCGAAGAACACAUUUUCCACGAUGGGGAUUCUCAACAUUCAGUGCAGUUUUGAGUUUAACCACGUGCGUUUAUAAGACUUCGGUCGGAAAAUAAAUAGAAAAAAUUACAAAAUUAAAAGAAUUAUACAUAAAUAAAUCGAAUGUGAUUUGUGGUUUUUCGUUUUUGUGUGUUGUUCGAAAAGUAUUAUGUAAAAUAGGAGUGGUGGGAAAAACGAUGAAGAAAUUUUAUACGAAAUUCUCCAAACAACAAUGGCGAACAACCGUACCAAAUUUGAACACAUCAAUUUUCAAAAAAUACUCUAAAGAUGAUUCAAAUAAAGAAAAUCGAAUGUCUUCGGCGAGCUACGAUCUCCAAAUGGCAGAAAAAAAUUACGUGGUUAGCGAUGAAGUUCCAACUACGAUUGAUUCGGACACAGAGCCGGAUGAAGUUUUUGAAGAUGCCCGAACGAUAAUCCAAAAAAGUAAAGAAGACGUUUCGAAAAAUAUAAAAUACGACUCAGAUCUUUACGUGGAAGUCGAGCCCCCCGCAAUAUCAUUAAAAAAUAAUUCUAAAUACGAAGCGGAGGUUCCCAGCAUUUCAUUUUCGUUCUUCGAAAACAGAAAUUACGAUCAAGUUAGGGUUCAUAAAUCGGAAUUGAAGAUUGAAUUAACCAUACCGGAACUUGAUGAGAAAACAUCUGGGUUAUCAACUCCAACUGAUUCCCAUUCUUACGUAAACGAAGUGUUUUCAACUCCCCAAUCCAACAUAACACCCGAAGAAUACAGCGUUCCUAUCAAAAUCAGCGAGAAUCAUUUAAAAAUGUUGGAAUUUGCCGAACAAAACAUCAACAAAGAGGAGCCUCAAGAAAACGACGGGGAAAGGAUUUUAAAUUUUGUCCCAAAAAAGCUCAGCUUCGAAGAAAUCGAAAACCUAGCGAACAACGACGAAAUCGACGCCUACGUCCGAAAAAGCUUAGAAGAAAUUUGCCCCCCAAUAAAAUCCGGAAGCGACCCAAAUCUCUCCCACACCAUCCAAGAAGAAGAAGUAACCGAAUACAAAGUACCAAAAUCACUAAAAAGAAACCGCUUAUCCCAAUCAAUGAACGAUUUCAACCCCGACACAAUCCAACCGAUCACCAAAGACAUCGACAUCGAACACAUAUCUUGCAGCCAAGUAAUCAUGGAGAACCCCAACGAAAACUCGAUAAACAUGGAUUAUUGCAAAACAAGAAGUAAACUCCCAAUUAAAUUAAGACGAGUUACUUUAUUAAGAAAACCGAAAUCGAAAGCUGUCGAUACUUGGACUAACAUUAAAUCGAAAGUAAAAAAUUUUAAAGAAUCUAGUCAAUUAAACGAUAACAAAGACAAAUUAGCCAAUAAUAUCGAAGAAAUGUAUAAGAACUCAAAAAGUAAAUGUAAAAAAGUUUUAAAACAAACUGGGAUGAUGUUUAAAAAAAGAGACCAAGAAAAUAUUGAUCCAAACGAUAAUUCAUCACAAAUGAUCAAAAAUGAUGCAUUUUUCGCUAAUUUAAAUCAACACGAAGAAUCGCCGAAUAUUAGUGAACCUAUCCCUUUAGGAAGUUGUGAUAAAGUUAAAUUCGCAGGAAGUAAUGAUACCGAUAAAAAUCAAGAAUUUGAUUUUAAUACGAUUAGGAGUGCUUUUAGACGAAGUAAAGUUAUUCUAAAUGAGGGUCAAAAUGGAUUCGAUGAUUUACGUCGUUACGUAAAACAAGGUGGCGAUUUCUGCAAAGAACUUGCUACAAUUCUCCAAGAAAGAUCAGAAGCCGAAGUUCAAUACGCAAAAAACCUCUCGAAAUUAAGUAACAAAUUGGUGAAAGCAUGCAGAGAAGGUGUGGGUGGAUUAAACGAAGCGUGGAGAGCGGUUGCGUUGGAAAUGGAAGCACGAGCUGAAUGUCACCGAUUGUUAGGAGUAGCUAUUUUAGAAGAUGCGGCGAAACCGUUAAAAAAUUUAACUGAAAGUCAACACCGAUUAAGAAAACAAAGUGAAAGCAUGGUGGAUAAAGCGGCGAAAAAUUUAGGGGAUUGGAGGGCGGCCGAAGCGAAAAGUAAGAAACACAGUCAUACUUGCGCGAGGGAGAAUGAAAAACUUCAGGACGCUAUGUUGGAUAAUAGGUGGGUUUUGAAGUGGGGAUCUGCUGAGGGUUUGGCUCAUUACUACGAAAAAAAGAAAAAGAAGAGAUUAUCAAGAAGUGCAAGUUUGAUUCAUUUAGCUCAGAUUCAUAGACAGAACUCUGAUAAAGAAAAUGCUAAACUUGAAGGAAAGAAAAGAAAAGCUGAAGAUGCGGUGAAAAAAGCAGACAUUGAAUAUUAUACAUUGUGUGUUCGCGCUGAGCGAGCACGGCUUGAAUGGGAAUCUUCAGUAUCAAGAGGUGCCACGAUAUUCCAAUCAUUAGAAGACGAACGAUUGGGUAGCUUAAAAACAGUUCUUUUAUCAUAUUUAAAUAAUAACAUAGAUUUAGGGCCAAAACUAGUUGAGGCUUCUGAAAGGUUGAAGUCACCUUUUGAUAAUAGUGACCCGGCCCAAGAUUUAAACACAUUCAUCAGCCUUAGACAAAGCUCCCAACAAAUCUCAGAACAACUCCUACCCGACUUUUAUUGCGAACACAUCACGUGGGCAAUGAACAAAGAAAGACGUAAACAAGCCUUGGUGAAAUUGGCUCAUUUGAUUCGACAAGAUAUCGAAAGAGAGCGGAAAUCUAAAAACGGACUUGAGAAUUUAAGUAGAGCUAUCAAGCAAACUCCAACUUUUGGUGCUGAGGAUUCAAAUCAAAGUGUUUCGGAGAAAUUAUAUCAUAUGAAAUCGAUGUUAACGUAUUUAGAAGGCGCGCGAUAUAAAAUUCAAAGUGCUUCCGCUGAACUUGAAGGACGCCAAAAAAACGGACACCCAUUGGCUUCUCAUAUCACGAUAACUAGAGAUAAAUCCGGUUUGCAACAAAGCGUUCUUAAAGUACCCCAAUGGCUCAAAGAACAGUGGUGCGAACCGGAAGCGAGUCCUAUUAGUGAAAAAUCAACCAAAUCUAGUAAUUCUCAUAAAUCUGAUGGUGUUGAUGGUGAAGAUCCUGAUUGGACCGAUCGAGGUACAGCAGAUGGAAAUUCAAAUCAACCAGAUUCAGAUUUUGAUGAGUUUUCUUCUCAAGGAAGUAGUACACACGAAGAAGUAACAGAAGAAAGCCCAAUUCAGCCAAUAGCUCAAUGUAAAGCAUUAUACGCAUACACGCCAAAUCUUUCUGAUGAAUUAGCCCUUCAUCCUGGAGAUAUACUUUCAGUAUAUCGUCAGCAAGAAGAUGGUUGGUGGCUAGGAGAAUGUAACGGAUCUGUGGGAAUUUUCCCAGCAACUUACGUUGAAACAUUACCUGCACCUAACACUGCCAUAAAGUGUUAAAAACUUUCAUUAAAAUAGUUAAUUAAUCGGUUAAUUGAUUAAUUGUUUUAAGUUAAUUAAAAACCAUAACGAUCGAAAUAAUCGAAUUUGAUUUUUAUUGCGACAAUUUCUGAAACGAUACUUUUAUUUCUGUUUUACGAACGUAAAUUUACGUUUUGUUGUUUGUACCAUAAAAGUUGUAUAUUUAUUUCUCCGAUUGUAUAAUUAUUUAGGUAUAAAAUUUGUUUAUAUCGACUAAAAUGUAUAAAAUUA